UUUUUACUUGAAGUGAUACAUGUAUACAGAGAACUGCCUUGUCUGUGGAAAAUGAAGAGUAGCGAUUACACCAAUCGAAGCUUGAAAGAUGAAGCUUAUAAGGUGUUAUUGAAAAAGUAUAGGGAGAGAUUCGAGGACGCAACGAAAGAAGAUUUAAAGAAGAGAUUGAACUCCUUGCGAACCAACUUCCGUAAAGAAUUGAAGAAGGUAAACGAUUCUGUGAGAAUAGGUAGUGAUGAAGUUUACGAUCCAUCCUUGUGGUAUUUCGACGCCAUGUCGUUUUUAGGUGACCAAGAAGUGUCGACACAAGAUGGACAAGAAGAUGAUGGCGAAUUAGAAAGCUAUCAAGGAUAUCAGCCAUCACAGCAACCACGCAGUACAAUGUCCAACGAAGCCAGUGGAAUAGGAAAGAUUCAGAAACGGAAGCAAUUGGAUGUGAAUGAAGAACAGGGUGAAAUGAUAUCACUAACGUGCAAGCGUCCACACCUUGUAGACGACGAGUAUUUGACUCUGGCUAAAACCUGGGCAAAUGAUAUAUCUAAAAUGGAUUCUCGGCAGCAACUUUUUGCCAAGAAAGCCAUCAAUGACGUUAUUUUUGAAGGGCAGUGUGGAACUCUUCAUCGA